UGUGUGUAGUCAGUGGCACUUAAUCACAGAGCGCACCAAGGCAGGAGGCGGACCGUCGGGCGUGAACGAAAUAGUAACGGUGAACCGGAGAGGCAGCAGUGUGCGGGACAACGCAGGCAGAGGAGCUAUCCAGAGGACGUUUCCAGCAGCUGCUCUCGGGUUUUUCCCAUUCUUUCCCUUCCACUGGAGCAAGUGUUGCAGUUGUAUCACCGUCCCGACACUUUCGUUCAGGUCGUCUCUAUCGCGUCCGACUCCCGUGCUUCGUUGGAGAUGUCCAAAAAAAGACCAGCCGAGCCGGAGUCCCGGGUGAAACAGCAAGCCGCACUGGGCAACAUGACUCGCCUCUCUUGUUUCUCACCGGAGUCUGUAGAAUGAAGACGGCUUAAAAAAAAAAAAAAGCGGGCAAGUCCAAGCAGCGCGCAAAGAUGUCGGUGCCUUUGCUGAAGAUCGGCGUCGUGCUCAGCACCAUGGCCAUGAUUACCAACUGGAUGUCGCAGACCCUCCCCUCUCUGGUGGGGCUCAAUACUACCAAGCUCACAGCGGCACAGGGAGGGUACCCAGACCGGAGCACAGGAGUGCUGCCAGCGAACCCAGAGGAAUCGUGGCAGGUGUACAGUUCAGCCCAGGAUAGUGAGGGAAGGUGUGUCUGCACUGUGGUGGCGCCCCAGCAGUCCAUGUGUUCACGGGAUGCCCGCACCAAACAACUGAGGCAGCUGUUAGAGAAGGUCCAGAACAUGACCCAGUCCAUCCAGGUCCUGGACCAGCGAACCCAGAGGGACCUGCAGUAUGUGGAGAAGAUGGAGGUGCAGCUCCGUGGUCUGGAGACCAAGUUCAGGCAGGUGGAGGAGAACCACAAGCAGAACAUCGCCAAGCAAUUCAAGGCCAUAAAAGCGAAAAUGGAGGAGCUUAGACCGUUGAUACCAGUGUUGGAGGAGUACAAAGCCGAUGCCAAAUUGGUAUUGCAGUUUAAGGAGGAGGUCCAGAAUCUGACGUCAGUUCUAAGCGAACUUCAGGAGGAGAUGGGGGCCUAUGACUACGAGGAGCUCCACAACAGAGUGUCAAAUCUUGAGGAGAGACUCCGAGCAUGCAUGCAAAAAUUAGCGUGUGGCAAGCUGACGGGCAUCAGUGAUCCCAUCACCAUCAAGACGUCUGGAUCCAGGUUCGGCUCCUGGAUGACCGACCCUCUGGCUCCUGAAGGAGAUACGCGAGUCUGGUACAUGGAUGGUUACCACAACAACCGCUUUGUGCGAGAGUACAAGUCGAUGCAGGACUUCAUGACGUCGGACAACUUCACGUCUCACCGGCUGCCCCACCCGUGGUCGGGAACAGGUCAGGUGGUGUACAACGGCUCCAUCUACUUCAACAAAUUCCAGAGCCACGUCAUCAUCAAGUUCGACUUCCGCACCUCCUCCAUCAGCAAGUCCCGGCAGCUCGACUACGCAGGCUUCAACAACGCGUAUCACUACGCCUGGGGCGGCCACUCCGACAUCGACCUGAUGGUGGACGAGGGAGGCCUGUGGGCUGUGUACGCCACCAACCAGAACGCGGGCAACAUCGUCCUCAGCAAGCUGAACCCCAACACGCUGCAGAUCAUCAAGAGCUGGACCACCAACCACCCCAAAAGGAGUGCCGGCGAGUCUUUUAUGAUCUGCGGCACGCUCUACGUCACCAACGGCUACUCAGGAGGCACCAAGGUGUACUACGCCUACUCCACCAACUCCUCUACCUACGAGUACAUCGACAUUGCCUUCCAGAAUAAGUACUCGCAUAUCUCCAUGCUGGACUACAACCCGCGUGACCGAGCCCUCUAUGCCUGGAACAAUGGCCACCAGGUGCUCUACAAUGUCACACUGUUCCACGUUAUCCGCUCGGAAGAACUGUAACCACGGACAAAUGGAAUACAUACAUAAAUACAUAUUGUCUGUGUAGAGAUCUCCCUAUAUACAAAAAUAUAUCUGCGAAAGCAAAAGACUAAGGCAAGACCAUUCUAUUUAUAAUAUCAAAUAACGUUUACUGAGAGACUGCAUCAAAAGUGAAUGCAAAGUGGAUUGAAUGUGCAUAUACAUGACACUGAAAAAAUAAGUACAAUUGAAGGGUUUCAUUCCAAAAUGUGAUAUUUAGAGAAAAUAAAUGCUUUAUCAGUUAACAUCACAACAUCCCAGGUGAUCGCUAAUGAAACAGGACUGUUUUAUAUAUAAAAGGUCUCGAUAUAACUUUAACAGUUACGCAUAGUAGACUUUAUUUUAUAUCAUUUUGUUAGUGGUAUUUUGUUUUGGAAUGAAACUCUUUAAUUGUUUGCCGCAUAGAAAAAUGAUUGUAAAAGUAGACUUAUAUAUAUCAGAUUUAAAAGAAUAAGAACAGAUGCCAAAAAAAAUAUCAUCACGCCUUUUUUUUAUAUUAUGGAGCAUCGACCUAAGCUCGUCCGUGUGGCUCUGGAUCUUCUGCAGAAAUCCUCCCGGCUGAACUUUUGCUUUUGGUCAAUGGGGGUCCAGAAAGGAAGACUGUCGGUGAUGAACUGUUGGAUCCCCCCCGGGUUCCCAUGGACAGACAGAGACGUGGGAGCUCAGAAGACUUGACGGCCUAAUGGGCGCGCUCUGUCAUAUCGUUUUUAUCAAGUACAGUAGCAAAUCAAAGUCUGUAGAGAAACAGUAACGACAUCUCCGAAAAGACCUGAAGGCACUGACUGUUGACAGCUCUGUUGUUUGAGAUGAUUUCCCCGUGUUAGUGACUCUGUGUGAAAAAGGCUUUCUUUGCAUGAGUGUUUUCUAUCACUCCGGUCUGCUCUUCUGAAUGUCUUUUGCUGUAUGAUACUAUAAAAAAGGAGGGAAAGCGGGAGGGGAGGGGGGGGUGUAAGGUAGAAUACCUGUGGGAUUUGAGGAUUUGCAAAGAUCUUUACUUUAUUUUCCCGCUUCUUUCUAUUUACUUGUUGUUUUGUUUCUUUUCUGUUUCUUUACAAUUAUUUUCCCUUUUUCAAAUGUUCUCGUAUCACUGUAACUGUUGGCACUGGGGUUUGCGUCGCUGUAUUUGUUUAUUUGGACUGCGUGGGAUGAAUCUAUCUAGCUCACAUCUCUCAGAAGAAAAAAAACAAAAAAAAAAACAGAAUGUAUCGAGUAUUGUAUCCUGGGAACCAGGUCCCCCUAAUCUUCAAUUCACACCAUGCGCCUGUAGUAGGGAGAGUUGUUUUUAUUUUCAGAGGAUAAUCCUGUCUCAUGUCAUGUCCCCCCCCCCCCCCUCACACUGCUAGUGAAAGAUAAUGCUGUUUAAAUGUAUACCCUUGCAGAGGACAAAAGCUUUUCACUCUUUUUGCGCUUUGCUGGACAUAUGUUGUAUCUGAGAUGAGAUAGUUAAUGAUUCAUGUCAAUAAAACAGAGAAAUCUGCUGCUCG